AUGUCGGAAUAUAUUAACAAUUGUUUUUGUUGUGGAUAUUAUCUUGUACCACGAUAUAAAAGAUUAGUCAAUAAUAUAUUUCCACAAAAUCCAGAACAUGGUCUUGACAGAAAUAAUCUUGAACGAUUACGUUUUUAUGCACUUGUUAAACCAGAAAAACUUGACAAGUCAUUUCGAUAUAUGUCUCAAAGAAUAGCCCGUUAUUUACGUCAUCGAAAUAAACCAUAUGUUAUACUUGGUAUUAAAGCAAUGGAUGAUACAAUGAAAUCAUGUUAUCAACAAUUGAAUACAUUUGUUGAUCAUUAUUUAGAAACAUUACGUCUUGUACUUAAUGAAGGAAAUGAUUUAGAAUUAAUCGAACAUGCUGUUGCUUCGUUUGAAUCAUUUUGUGAAAUACGUGAAGAAGCACCGAACUAUCAACGAAAUUAUCAAUUUUUUGUUAGUCGUUUUACACAACUUUGUUAUAAUAAUGAUGAAGUUAAUAGAAACAAACUUCGAUGUCUUGGUCUUCGUGGACAUCAUGCACUUUUUCGAAAAACAGCCAAUGAUGAAUUGCAAAAUGAUGCUUGGAAACAUAUGGAUCAAAUAGUACCAUCUAUUAUAUUUAAUAUUGAAAAAAGAGAACAACCUCGAACACAACAAUCAGCAACAACAAUAACAACAACAACAACAGUAUCACCUGAAGAUGUUGUUAUAAUCAAUGAAACAAUUAUUCAAGAGGAUCCAUCUUUAUUAGCUGAUAUGAUCUUACGAGAUUUAUUUUGUCGUGCUCAUAGCAAUAAUAAUAUAUCUAUAUGUAUUCAACCAAUUCUUAAUGAUUUAGAUAAGUAUGCGAAGUGGAUUCCAUAUGAUUUUCCUAAAUAUAUAUUUUCUCAGAUAAUGAAUUCAAUUAAACAUCAUAAUAGUUAUGUCGUUAUUGAUUUAUUGCUUAAUCAUCUUGACAAACAUCUCGAUAUACGAGAACGAACAAAUAUAAAAACUUCAGUUAUGAAUGUUAUUCAUGAUUGUUUGGUUUUUACUGCACCAAAUACAGGAGUAGGAUCAACAAUGUUAGAUGGAAUAACACGUCUUCUAGAGUUUAUACAGAAAUCUUUUCAAAACGAAAUGCAACGUUCUAGAACAUCAUCAAAAGAUCAAAAUGAACAACAGUUUCAAUCUGCAGUUAUUAAUGGAAUUGAAGAUUUUGCGGAAAAAUUACCUGAUUUUCAAAUGAUGGAAAUAAUAAAAUGUAUUGCAGCAUCAUUACCAACAUUUCACCAAGAUGCUGAAGAGAAAACAAAAUAUUCAAGUGAUGCAAAAUUAAAAUUUCAAUUACUUCUUCUUAAAACAAUACAGAAAAUUAUACUUAAUAAACAUUCUCUACAAUCUACUUUGACAAAAUCAUCUAAGGUUACGACAAAAUAUGAAUCAGAACAAUCAAAUGAAAUAACAUCAACACUAACAACAUUUCCUCAUCAAUUAUUUGAUCCAUUAAUAAAAAUGAUGAGUACACCUGAAUCAGAAGUACGUUUAAUUGUAUUCGAAAUUCUUCAAGUACUUGUUGAUCGACGAUGUUAUGCUGAUAAAUUAUGUAAAAUUAGAAUACUUAAAGAUAUUUCUGAACUUGAUUUACCUACUGAAAGAAAAAGAAGUCGUCUCUUUGAUAUUGCAUUUAUGAAAAAAUUUGGUCAUCAAUUCCAUUCUCAACUUUAUAAAUGUAUAUUAAUAGAAAAUAAUACAAAAAAAAGUUUUUAUGCUAUUUAUUGUCUUAUGAGUCUUGUUACACUUGAAGCUAAUGAUCAAGAUGUUCUUGUUGAUGUUAUUCAUUUUUGUCUUGAAGUUCAAUCAGCAAUAAUAAAAAUGAUGAAUGAAGAUCAACAAAAAUUAUCGAAAAAUAAUUAUCAUUGUAUACAUGCAUUAAUUGCAGCUUAUUUUAAUUUAAUGUCAAAAUUUUAUGACAUAACUGCUUUGUCUCGUUAUGUUGAUGAAGUAAGUUUAUGGUAA